AUGACCUCCCAGCCCUUGCCCCCAGUUCCUCCCCCGCAAUGGGUCGUGGACCUGAAUUCCCCCAAGCCACGUUCCCCCAAGUCCGCAUCCAGCAUCCCCGACCCUCCAGGGUUCUCCAGUCGCAAGGAAGGAGGCAAGAACCGCUCGCAGCAACAAUCAACAUCCUCCUCCGCCCCAUCCAAACCCGUCGAAACCGACACCCUCAAGCUGAAAAAAGCCUGGGAGAUCGCCCUCGCACCCUCCAAGCAGAUCCCCAUGAACGCGAUCAUGAUGUACAUGUCCGGCAACAGCCUCCAGAUCUUCAGUAUCAUGAUGGUGUUCAUGCUCUUCAAGGGCCCCAUCCAGGGUCUGAUCAACACCAACAGCGUCUUUGCCAAGUUCGAGACGGACGGCACAAAGGGGAAACUGCUCGGCGUGAAGGCGAUGUAUGUGCUCAUGCAGUUGGUUUUGCUGGCGCUGGGCGUGUGGAAGGUUAAUGCGAUGGGUCUGCUACCGACUACGAGGUCGGAUUGGUUGGCUUGGGAAUCGGAACGACAACCGGUGGAGAGGGCGUAUUUUGCGUUAGGUUGA